AUGGCUUAUCCGUCAACUGACGCUCCCUGCCGGGUCCGAGGCAGGUCCCUUUCUGCUCCGCUUAUUCAGAGUGUGGGCUCCCUGAGCCACGUCUACUGUAGCCCCCCUGCAUGGUUAACCUCGGUCUCCCCGGGAGCGAUCAGCAGAUGGAGUUAGCCAUCCCAUCCUCAUCACCAAAUUGUUGUGGAAAUUCUAAAGAAGAGAGACUGUAGAUUCUUCAAACAACUUUAUUAUAAGAUUUGCAAAAAUGGAGCGGUUAACAGUCACUCAAUGGUGCAGAGUCAAGAGCCCAAUGAACAGAGUUGGCUCUCAGCUUUUAUAGAAAGUACAACAUCUUGUCUAUGUCGCAGUUUAGCAGAUGUAUGUAAACAGGGGUGGGGAACAUAGUGUGUAAAAGGCGAUUAGUUUGUCUGUGCAGAUUAAGAUAGCCCGAGGUUGAUAGCACGAGGGCUCAACUGUCUAACUGCAUUUGCCACAGCUCACACUAUAAUGUGCUCCUUUCUGCAAGUUUCCACACAGCUGAGAUCCUGUAGAUAGUAAAAACACGGGAUGUGUCACAUGCUGUAGUCGCACACAAACGGCUCUUAGCUAUACGCCCAGUCUUAUGACUAAAUCACACAAAGACAAGUUUGUAUCAGCUUAGAAAAAAACUAGAACAUAAGAUACAAUUCUCUAAGCAAAAAACAGCAUAGCCCGUCUGAAUGUAAUUUUCCCCCACUAACCCUAACUGUAAAUUACAUUAUGCUGGCUUAGAAGGUGAUGUGUAAUUCCUAUUGGACUCGAGCCAGCCUUAGGCUACCCAACAGAUUACAUUUGUAUUCACCCGCAACCUGCACUCAUAAUGACUGCCAGGGUUAAGAACAGUAGGAGGAAAAUACCUAAGCCAGUUAAACUGGAACAACCAUUUCAGUAACGGGUGCAAAAAUUAGGAUUAGUUGAGAUUUUUUUUUUAAAACUUUUUGUAGCAUAACAUUUAAUCAAUCAAUCACUCAAUGUACAUGCAAAAACACAGAUAUUAAAAACAAUUCCAAAAAAUCUACCUGCAGUAGAGCAUGCUGGGGAAAAGUUCAUUUGUUAUCAUAUCUUUAAAAACAAUUGCUGGUUUGACUUCUCAUUUAGUUUUGAGUCAGUACAACAUAAUAAUUUAAAGUAAUAACGACCUUCAUUGACUUUGAGUACAACUUAUUAGAAGUACAGUGCAUUCGGAAAGUAUUCAGACCACUUCACUUUUUCCACAUUUUGUUACUGUAGAGCCUUAUUCUAAAAUUGAUUACAUUAUUAUUACAUCAAUCUACACACAAUACCCCAUAAUGACAAAGCAAAAACUGGUUUUUAGACAUUUUUGCAAAUGUAUCAUAAAUACACAACAUAAAUACCUUAUUUACGUAAGUAUUCAGACCCUUUGCUAUAAGAUUUGAAAUUGAGCUCAAGUGCAUACUGUUUCCAUUGAUCAUCGUUGAGAUGUUUUUACAACUUGAUUGGAGUCCACCUGUGGUAAAUUCAAUUGAUUGGACAUGAUUUGGAAAGUCACACAUCAGUCUAUAUAAGGUCCCACAGUUGACAGUGCAUGUCAGAGCAAAAACCAAGCCAUGAGGUUGAAGGAAUUGUCCGUAGAGCUUCAAGACAGGAUUGUGUCGAGGCACAGACCUGGGGAAGGGUACCAAAAAAUGUCUGCAGCAUUCUUAGAUGGAAGAACUUUGGAACCACCAAGAUUCUUCAUAGAGCUGGCAGCCUGGCCAAACUGAGCAAUCGGGGGAGAAGGGCCUUGGUCAGGGAGGUGACGAAGAACCCAAUGGUCACUCUGACAGAGCUCUAGAGUUCCUCUGUGGAGAUGGGAGAACCUUCCAGAAGGACAACCAUCUCUGCAGCACUCUACCAAUCAGGACUUUAUGGUAAAGUGGCCAGACGGAAGCCACUCCUCAGUACAAGGCACAUGACAGCCCACUUGGAGUUUGCCAAAGGGCACCUAAAGACUCUCACACCAUGAGAAACAAGAUUCUCUGGUCUGAUGAAACCAAGAUUGAACUCUUUGACCGGAAUGCCAAGCGUCAUGUCUGGAGAAAACCUGGCACAUCCCAGGUGAAGCAUGGUGGUGGCAGCAUCAUGCUGUGGGGAUGUUUUCAAUGGUAGGAACUGCGAGACUAGUCAGGAUCGAGGCAAAGAUGAAUGGAACAAAGUACAGAGAGAACCUUGAUGAAAACAAGACAAUGCAGGAGUGGCGCUCCCCAUCCUACCUGACAGAACUUGAGAGGAUCUGCUGAGAAGAAUGGGAGAAACUCCCCAAAUACAGGUGUGCCAAGCUUGUAGCGUCAUACCCAAGAAGACUCAAAGCUGUAUUCGUUGCCAAAGGUGCUUCAACAAAGUACUGAGUAAAGGAUACUUAUGUAAAUGUGUUAUUUCAGAUUUUUGUAUUUUAUUAAUUAGCCAAGAUUUCUAAAAACCUUUUUUUGCUUUGUCAUUUUGGGGUAUUGUGUAUAGAUUGAUAAGGAAAAAUUUUUUUUUAAUCAAUUUUAGAAUAAGGCUGUAACGUAUCAAAAUGUGGAAAAAGUCAAUGGGUCUUAAUACUUUCCGUAGGCACUGCAUAUCAUAUUUUACAUUUUACAUUUUAGUCAUUUAGCAGAUGCUCUUAUCCAGAGCGACUUACAGGAGCAAUUAGGGUUAAGUGCCUUGCUCAAGGGCACAUUUACGUCAUUUAGCAGACGCUCUUAAACAGAGCGACUCACAAAUUGGUGCAUUCACCCUAUAUCAAAUACAUAGAACAAAAAUACUGCCAAUCGUUGGCACUAGCGGCCUACACUGUAGAUCUAUAAUGUUUUACCAAUCACUGUGCUUCCAGUAAUGCACUGUACAUUCUAGAAAAUACAGCUGUUCCAGUAAAAUGCUGUAAAUGUUUGUUUCAGUAAAGUUGCUGUAAAUCUACAGAAAUGUACUGGCUUCUGUGCUGCCAGUAAUUUACUGUAAAGAUUACAGGAUUUUUUUUGCAGUGAGGAUGACAAUUAUUUUGAGGGGGGAAAAGCAGAUGAGAUGAGCCAAUGACAUGCUUUUACUGGGUUGACAAUUAUUGUUUCAGACUUUUCUCCAAAAUACUGAGGACCUUCCCCCCUUCCUCCCUGCCUCUGCCUAAGACUUUAUCUACCAAAACAAACCUAUCCAAUUCCCCAAAUGUUUCUGUCAACAACAAAAAAUUCAACCACAGCUUACAGUGAGAAUGUAGCGUAUUGUGAAAAUUUUAUGAAUUUGCUCCUCAGGCACACAGAUCUAUGCUCUCAAUGGCACCGACCCGGAAGGACAAGAGGUGAGGUAUGGGUUGAACUUUGAACCUGGUGCCAAAGAAUACUUCAGAGUGGAGCCCAAGUCUGGAAACAUAACUCUGGUGGAAGAACUGGACAGAGAGGUACACCUCACAUCAACAUAUAGCACACACAGUUUGAAUGUUUUCUGAUUGGUUCAGAUUAAAUAUAUUAUACAUGAGUAUAAUAUUUAUCCUUGUCUGAUGUAGCUUUCAUUCACAUUCAGUGGCCUCAAAGUCUUGAAAUUUUGACAUCAACUACUGUAUUUUGAGGGACAUUAUUUCCUCUGCCACCAAAGAUUUUAGAUUCUAUUGAAGUUCUUGUCAGUAUCACAGAUGGCCGAAAUAAGGUAAGCAUACUCAGUUAUACUUGGUUUUUAUACGUAAACCGAAUAAAAUAUAGUAAAAAAAUAUAAUAAUUAUAGACACUAUGAAUUAUCUGUCAUUCAUCAAAAAUAUGUCAUUGAAUUCCCUGUUGCCUCCUCUCUUAUUGCAGGUUACUGAAAAGGUCACAGUGUUUGUCAUGGAUGCCAAUGAUGAACGACCAGUGUUCAAAAACCUGCCCUCUCUUUUGGAUGUUCCAGAGGUAAAACAUUGUGGUCUUCAUAUAAAAAAUGUUUUAAUUCUCAACAGUCGGUAUGCAAUACUUCCGAAAGUGCAAUUGGCACAGCUGUACUGUACUGGACAUGAUGUCCAGGUUUUUGGGUUAUACUGUAGUGAAAGACAAGAUCUCCCCUGCUGAAAAAAACUGCAUAGACCAUGCUGGUGACCAGCCUUCACUGUGUUUUUGCUGGUGACCAGCAUAAAGUCAUAUUAUGCUGGCUUGAAAAGUGAUGUUUAAUUUCUAUUGGAAUCCAGCCAGUGGGGUUAUCCAACAAUUGUAAUGGGUAACGGGUCCAACUAACAGAUUGGAUUAGUUUAGAAAAAUGUAUGUUAUUUAUCUUUGUGUAGCAGAAGAUUAAUUAAUUAAUCAAUGUACAUGCAAAAACACAACAAACAAAAAAGAUAUUGAAACAAACAACUCUACAAAUCUAACUGCAAUAGAGCAUGCUGGGAAAUAUGAUAAUGAUGGGUGUGGUUUUGCAGACCAGCUUGGCCAGCUAGACCAUGCUGGACCAGCAUAGACCGGCAUGGACCAGCUUGGUCACCAGCAUACCAGCAUCACCAGCAUACCAGCAAAAGCUGUUCACCAGAAUCACCAGCAUGAGCUGGUCACCAGCAUCACCAUCUUGACCAGCUAGUUGGCCAGCCUAACCAGCUAGACAAGCUUGACCAGCAGAACAUGCUGGUCAACCAGCAUAACCAGCUAGACCAUGCUGGUCAGACCUGCUAGACCAUGCUGGUCAUACCAGCAUGGACCAGCUUGAAAUCUAUGCUGGUCUAUGCUGUUUUCUUUCAGCAGGGCUUAUAGGGAGCAGAAUAGGAAGUCCAGGCCUGGUACAGCUCUCAUUAUAGAAAACAUAUAUGUUUUUUCUGUUGGCUAAUAUAAUGUAAUUUAUAAAAAAUGAAGGCAAUAACAUAUAUUUUAAAAAAUCAGAACCGUCGAUGCUAUACUUUCCUUAUAUUAGCUAACAGGCAAAACAUCCAUGGGCUUUAGAAAGUAUAGCUGUCUUAGCUGAUGACCAGACGUCACUUCUUCCCUAUUGCGUCAGGUCCAACUAGAAAUAAUUACAUUAUAUCGACCAAUGGCUCAUUGUAAUGUUCAUGGUCAUUAACAUUGAUUUGCUAUGAAAGAGAAACAAAUUGUCUAUUGAUUUGAAUGGGUGUCAGUGCACAUGAAAACUGCAAAAACCUAGAGAAAAUGUAACCAGUGGACAAGGUUUUCCCCCAAAUGAAGUUAAACCAAAACAGCGAUCAUUCUACUCUGGCCUAUUCAAUUUGCCCUACAUGUCAUGCCCUACAUUACUACCUUGUGUUUUUUUCUGCUUAUCCCAGAACUCUGAAUCUGGGAGUAGUAUCUACAAAGUGCUGGCUGUGGAUCGGGAUACAGGCUCUGGAGGCUCGGUCACCUUCUAUCUACAGGUACUGUAACAUCUGGCUAGGAUAAGCCCCCAACCAGUCCCCACCCAGAGGUCACCGCAGGUCUGCACUAAGGCCUAGAUUAAAUCAAAUCAAGUGUUAACCGGCCAUAGCCGACUCCCGCAUAGCUGAUGUUUUGUCGGUGUCAGGGGUGUUACUGUGUUGGAGCUGUCAAAUCGGUGAUCAGCUGCUCUUGAUCAUUGUCAGGAAGCCACACCCAUCCCACUCGCGUUAGAAGUUCAGAACGAGAAAGUGUAGGCUAUAUAUAAAUAACUACGCUCAAAUAAAAAAUAAUUAAACAAAAUAAUUAUGAUUUCUAUCAGCCUAAUCGAGGUGUAGAUUACAUCUCACAUUCCAGUGUUUGAACUUUUAAACAAGGCUGCAUGGGAUUUAUCUUAAUGCAACUCCAUGCAGCCAAUGGCAAUGCCCGUAAUGAAAAACAUGUUUUUAGAAAUUUUACAAAUGUAUUGAAAAUGAAAUACAGAAAUAUAUAAUUUACAUAAAUAUUCACACCCCUGAAUCAAUACUUUGUAGAAGCACCUUUGGCAGGGAUUACUUGUGUGAGUAUUUCUAGGUAAAUCUCUAAGAGCUUUCCACACCUGGAUUGGGCAACAUUUGCCCAUUAUUCCUUUCAAAAUUAUUCAAGCUCUAUCAAAUUGGUUGUUAAUCAUUGCUAGACAACCAUUGUCUGGUCUUGCCAUUGAUUUUAAAGUAGAUUUAAAUCAAAACUGUAACUCGACCACUCAGGACCAUUCACUGUCUUCUUGGUAAGCAACUCCAGUGUAGAUUUGGCCUUGUGUUUUAGGUUAUUGUCCUGCUGAAAGGUGAAUUCAUCUCCCAGUGUCUGGUGGAAAGCAGACUGAACUAGGUUUUCCCCUAGGACUGCCUGUGUUUAGGUCCAUUCUGGUUAUUUUCUAUCCUGAAAAACUCCCCAGUCCUUAACAAUUACAAGUGUACCCAUAACAUGAUGCAGCCGCCACUAUGCUUGAAAAUAUGGAGAGUGGUACUCAGUAAUGUGUUCUUUUGGAUUUGUCCCAAACAUACAGUGCCUUCAGAAAGUAUUCACACCCCUUGACUUCUUCCACAUUUUGUUGUGUUACAGCCUGAAUUUAAAAUGGAUUACAUUUAGAUUUUGUGUCACUGGCCUACACACAAUACCCCCUAAUGUCAAAGUGGCAUUAUGUUUUUCAAAAUGCUUACAAAUUAAUAAAAAAUGUAAAUCUGAAAUGUCUUGAGUCAGUAAGUAUUCUACCCCUUUGUUAUGGCAAGCCUACUUCCAGUUUAUACAUACUAUACAUAUUUUAUUGACACAGUCAAUUUUACAAUAAUUCAUUUUGUUUGUUUUUACUCCUAAACUUCCUCUACCCUCAACCUCUCCGAUCAUUUUCAUAAUGUCCAUCCAGUUUGCUUCUAUAUGCCAUUUCUUUCUAACUGUGCUCUUUCACAAAGCUCUCAACCUAUAACCUAUAUACUUAUUAUGGACACAGUAUGCUUUACAUUAGUUAUCAUGUUGUUGUUAGUUGUUAUUAGUCCCAUCCUUCAACUCCAUUCAACACCACCCAUCUAUCACUUAACACCAUCCAUAUUGGAUUUCUAUUUGCAAUAUAUUGUUAAACUGUACUGUGAUGUUUUACAAAAGUUCUGAACCCUUCUAUUCUCAUUGUUUCUACAGAUUGUAAAUUGAAAAUAAACAUUUUUGCUAAAAGUAUUAUUAUAUUAUUGAUCGAUUGACUGUGAUUUUUCAGAUCACCCAGUAGUGCUAUCUGCAGGGUUAGCUCCAGGUAAAUAUUGCAAUCCUUUAGCCAUUCAUGGACCUGAGUCCAAAAACAAGCUACAAAUGGACAGUACCAAAAUCUGCAGAGCUGGGAAGAUUGUAUCCUCCAUAUAAAUAACAUUAUAUUGGUAGCAAGAAUUUUGUAGAAUAAUUUAAAUUGAAAAAUUAUAAGUUUUGAAUCCGGCGUCGUUUUGCGUAUCAGUUCAUAAACAGUAUGCUAUGUAAUCGGUACGUCAAAAAUCUCUUCCCAACUAUUUUGCAAUCUAUAUGGGACGGCUGUCAAUCCUUUGGCCCUUAAAUUAAACUGGUAUACUUUUUUAUUUAUCCGAAUUUUCUUUAACCAAUUAUGUUCUUUAAUGCAGGGCCAACAGAGAAGUUCCUUCCUUUUUCCCCUUUCCACUUUCCUCUUCCAUUUUUGCGGUAAUGCUGCAAUUAUUUGGUUGUAAUUUUGGGUAGAGCAGACAUUUCCAUAUGUUUUUGUUAGCUGCAUGUGUGACAUAACUCCACCAGUCCUACCUAUGAUAUCAUUUACGAAGUUUAUUAUGUUACUACUUUUUGUUUAGUAGCCAAAGAAAUGGUGCCACGCGAGUGGUCAUGUGCUGAAUGCAUGGACAGCAGGGAUAUCCCUGGAAAAAGUGACAUUUGUAAAUAGAGCUACACCUCUUGAAUUAUGAGAGUUAUUUGACAAUGGUAAGUGUAAUAGAAACUGCACAAUAUGCUUUUACUGAUACUAUAUAGAAAUAUGCAAGUGACUCUGAAGGAGGAUUUGAUAAAGUGAUGAUCCUUUCCCUGCAUCUGUAAAUUACAUGAUGCGCCCAUGUCUUCAUGUACAAUUUGACAACUGAUAGGCCUAAUAUUGUUACUCACCAGAUUAUUGUCAAUGUAAUCGUGUCUAUAGGCUGACUCUUAUUAUGUGUGAAAUUAGUUUCGGUGUAGUUUCGAUGGGCUGGCUGUGCAUGCUGACUGGCAUCAUAUAUUUCCCGCUCAUCAAGUUGGAUAGAGUCAAGGAUAUGUUUUGCAUUAUUCUAAAGGCCUACUGCAACACAUUGCAUUUUUUUGUUUCCCUUACAAUACAUUCGAUUAGUAAAAGAGUUGUAGCAAAUAAAACAGUCCCAUAACAGCUUCUUUUUACAAAGUAAAAUGUAAAAGAGAAGGUGUGUGGUCAAAUUAUUUGCUGCUGAUUGUCACACCCUGACGUAUGGGACUCUAGUAUGUUGAGUCAGGGUGUGGAGUUCUAUGUUGUAUUUUCUAUGUUCUCAGUCUAGGUGUUGUAUUUCUAUGUUUGGCCAGGUGUGAUUCCCAAUCAGAGACAGCUGUCACUCGUUGUCUCUGAUUGGGGAUCAUACUUAGGCAGCCUGUUUGCAUUCAGUUGUUGUGGGAUCUUGUUCCGUGUUAGAGGCUUGUAUUGUGUUUAGCCUUAGGACUUCACGUGUCGCUGGUUUGUUGUUUUGUUCGUGUGUUUAUCGGUAAAAUAAACAUGUACGCAUUUUACGCUGCUCCUUGGUCUGACCCGUCCUUAAACAAACGUGACAGAAGAUCCCACCAAAAAUGGACCAAGCAGCGUGCCCAGGAGCAGACAUCCUGGACAUGGGAGGAGAUCCUGGACAGAAAGGGAUCCUGGACAUGGGAGGAGAUUCAGGCUGGGAUGGAUCGCCGUCCUUGGGAGGAGACAGUGGAGGCCCGGUUUAGAGAGGAGCAACGGCAACACAGAAGGCGCCGGCCGAGGAGGAAGCACGAGAGACAGCCCCAAGAAAAAUGUUUGGGGGGCUAAAAGGGUGGUCGGGGAUCGAUGGAGAAGAGCCCCGACCACUGCACUCGUGGGGGCUCAGGGAGGAGUUUUCACGGGAGGAGGACUGGGCGCGGAGAGUGAAAGACUGGUACAGUCGGAGAUCUCUAAUGUCAGUUCCCAGUCCGGUACACCUCGUGCCUGCGUCUCGCACCAAAUUAGUGGUGCGUGUGCCCAGUCCGGCCCGGCCCGUUCCUGUUCCCCGCUCCAAGCCAGUGGUGCGUGUUCCCAGUCUGGUAUGGCCUGUUCCUGUUCCUCGCAACAGGCCAGUGGUGCGUGUCGCCAGUCCGGCCUGGCCCAUUCCUGCUCCCCGCACCAAGCCAGUGGUGCGUGUUGCCAGUCCGGCCCGGUCUGUUCCUGCUCCACGCACCAGGCCGGGGCCGGGCCGGACUGGCAACACGCACCACUGGCCUGGUGCAAGGAGCCGGAAUGCCCACCCAGACCCUACCCUGUUAUGUAAGGUUUGUGUGGUCGGAGUCCGCACCUGUGGGGGGGAGGGGGGUACUGCCACACCCUGACGUAUGGGACUCUAGUAUGUUGAGUCAGGGUGUGGAGUUCUAUGUUGUAUUUUCUAUGUUCUCAGUCUAGGUGUUGUAUUUCUAUGUUUGGCCGGGUGUGAUUCCCAAUCAGAGACAGCUGUCACUCGUUGUCUCUGAUUGGGGAUCAUACUUAGGCAGCCUGUUUGCAUUCAGUUUUUGUGGGAUCUUGUUCCGUGGUUGAGGCUUGUAUUGUGUUUAGCCUUAGGACUUCACGUGUCGUUGGUUUGUUUUGUUUGUGUGCUUAUCAGUGAAAUAAACAUGUACGCAUUUCACACUGCGCCUUGGUCUGACCCGUCCUUAAACGAACGUGACACUGAUAGAUAGGCAUAAUACAAACUCAUCAUUACACUAUUGUCUUUCUAAAUUAAAUCAACCUCUUCACCCUCCUUAUCAUUCAGUUAGGCCUAAUUUAAAUUCAAUGGUGAAGUAAGGUGCAUAAUUAUCGCCCAUUCAUCCAUUUGUCAUUCAUUCAGUGAUGAGAGAGAGAUGGCCUGGCUGUGCAGGCUGACUGGCAUCGUAUAUUUCUGGCUGGGUGCCAACGUCCUACAGCACAUUGUCUUGGUGGGAAUAGGUAUGAAAGCAACAGGUAAAAAGGCUCUAGAUACCUUUUUGUUUGUGAUUUCAAAAUUCUGACAAAUGAACAAUGUAAAAUACAAACAUUUAGGAAAAGUCAGGGAAGGAGCAGGACAGCUUUCUUUUUGGCUAAUUUUUUUAAUUUACAAAAUCAAACGUCAGUGGCCAUUGGCCUAUGGCAGUCAUAAUGAAAACAAGUAACAUAAUAAGUUGCAUGAACUCACUAUGUGUGCAAUGAUAGUGUUUAACAUCAUUUUUGAAUGACUACCUCAUCUCUGUACCCCACACAUACAAUUGUCUUUAAUGGCCCUCAGUCGAGCAGUGAAUUUCAAACACAGAUUCAACCACAAAGACCAUGGAGGUUUUACAAUGCCUCGUAAAGAAAGGCACCUAUUGGUAGAUGGGUAAAAAAAAUCAGACAUUUAAUAUUGCUUUGAACAUGGUGAAGUUAUUAAUUACACUUUCGAUGGUGUAUCAGCACAACCAGUCACUGCAAAGAUAAAGGCGUCCUUCCUAACUCAGUUGUCGUAGAGGAAGGAAACCGCUCAGGGAUUUCACCAUGAGGCCAAUGAUGAUUUUAAAACAGUUACAGAGUUUAAUGGCUGUGAUAGGAGAAAACUGAGGAUGGAUCAACAGCAUUGUAGUUACUCGAAAUACAAACCAAAUUGACAGAGUGAAAAGAAGGCGGCAUGUGGCAAAGCAAUUAAACUUGUGGCAAAGCAAUUCAACUUUAAUACACCAUCCAAAGUGUAAUUAAUAACUUCACUAUGCUCAAAGAGCUAUUCAAUGUCUGCUUUUUUAUUUUUUUACCCAUCUACCAAUUGGUGCCCUUCUUUGCGAGGCAAUGAAGAUCUUUGAGGUUGAAUCUGUGUUUGAAAUUCACUGCUCGACUGACGGACCUUGCAGAUAAUUGUAUGUGUGGGGUACAGAGAAGAGCUAGUCAUAAAAUAAUCAUGUUCAACACUAUUAUUGCACACAGAGUGAAUCCAUGCAAUUUAUUAUGUGACUUGAUAAGCACAUUUUUACUCCUGAACUUAUUUCGGUUUGCCAAAACAAAGGGGUUGAAUACUUAUUGACUCACGACAUUUCAGCUUUUCAUUUUUAAUUAAUUUGUAAAAAUUUCGAAAAACAUAUUUCCUAUUUGACAUUAUGGGUUAAUGUGUGUGGGCCAGUGACAAAACAUCGGAAUUUAAUACAUUUUAAAUUCAGGCUGUAACACAACAAACUGUGGAUAAAGUCAAGGGGAGUGAAUACUUUCUGAAGGCACUGUAGGUAUGGGAAAAUUGACUAGGCAACAGGAUCGAUAAUAAGCAGUAGCAAGCAGCAUAUGUGAUGAGUUAAAAGAGUUAAUGCAAAAGUGGGUCAAUGCAGAUAGCCUGGGAGCCAUUUGGUUAAAUAUUUAGCUGUCUCUUGUCUUGGGGAUAGAAGCUGUUCAGGUUCCUGUUGGUUCCAGAUUUGGUGCAUCGGUACCACUUGAAGUGCGGUAGCAGAGAGAACAGUCUAUGACUUGGGUGGCUGGAGUCUUUGACAAUUUUUAGGGCCUUCCUCUGACACAGCCUGGUAUAGAGGUCCUGGAUGGCAGGGAGCCUGGGCCCCAGUGAUGUACUGGGCCGUACGCACUACCCUCUGUAGCGCCUUGUGGUCAGAUGCCAAGCAGUUGCCAUACCAAGCGGUGAUGCAGCCAGUCAAGAUGCUCUCAACAGUGCAGCUGUAUAACUUUUUGAGGAUCUGAGGGCCCAUGCCAAAUCUUUUCAGCCUCUUGAGGGGGAAGACGCAUUGUCGUGCAUUCUUCACAACUUUAUUGGUAUUUGUGGACCAUGUUAAUUGGUAUUUGUGGACCAUGUUAAUUCCUUAGUGAUAUGGACACCGAGGAACUUGAAGCUCUCAACCCGCUCCACUACAGCCCUGUCAAUGUGGAUGGGGGCAUGCUUUGUCUUGUUGGCGUUUAGGGAGAGGUUGUUGUCUCAUCGUCGUCACUGAUUAGGCCUACCACAGUCGUGUCAUCAACCAACUUGAUGAUGGUGUUGGAGUCGUGCGCGGCCAUGCAGUCGUAGUUGAACAGGGAGUACAGGAGGGGACUAAGUACGCACCCCUAAGGGGCCCCCAUGUUGAGGGUCAGCAUGGCGGAUGUGUUGCUGCCUACCCUCACCACCUGGGGGCGGCCCGUCAGGAAGUCGAGGAUCCAGUUGCAGCAGGAGGUGUUCAGUCCCAGGGUCCUGACCUUAGUGAUGAGCUUGGAGGGCACUAUGGUGUUGCUUGCCUUGAAGUAAGCAUAGAAGGCAUUUAGCUCAUCUGGUAGGCUCGCAUCACUGGGCAGCUGGUGACUGGGUAUCCUUUUGUAAUCCGUGAUAGUAUGCAAGCCCAGACACAUCCAAUGAGCGUCAGACACGGCGUAGUAGGAUUCGAUCUUAGUCCUGUAUUGAAGCUUUGCCUGUUUGAUGGUUCGUCAGAGGGCGUAGCGGGAUUUCUUAUAAGUUUCCGGAAAAUUGUCCCGCUCCUUGAAAGCGGCAGCUCUAGCCUUUAGCUCAGUGCAGAUGUUGCCUGUAAUCCAUGGCUUCUGGUUGGGAUAUGUACGUACGGUCACUGUGGGGACGACGUCGUCAAUGCACUUCUUAAUGAAGCCAGUGACUGAUGUGGUAAACUCCUCAAUGUUAUCGGAUGAAUCCCGGAACAUAUUCUAGUCCGUGCUAGCGAAACAGUCCUGUGUGUAUGUUUACACACACAUGCACGUGUCUGUAUGUGAACACGUGUGUGUAGUUAUGGGGCUCAUCGGCCGGGGAUUAAAUCACAGUUCAAUUUGUGUGAGGUAUUGGUGGCUUAGAGGGCUGCUUUGGCCGGAGAUGGCGGGAAUGUUGUUGUGCACUUUGUGUGGGGACGUGCUAUUAGGAGCAGAGCAUAGCUGGGCAAGAGUGACACUGAUGCAAAGCACAUCUGGACACACCAGCUUUUUACCUGCCUGCCCCUCUUCAGGGCAUAUGGCCUCUUUAUAUCCAAACAUAGAUAUGCAUAUAUUGUAUACACUCUUUGUCUAAAUUCCCAUGGUCCUUAGAGUAGUGGUUAUGUAUUUAUCUGAUUACUGGCAUGAGAUGUCUGCUCAUGUUUACCUGAGUGAGUGGUGAUGGUGGGGUUUCAGGAUGGAGAGGCUCUUUGCUGUUUGAUGUCAUCGGUAUGUAUUUAAGCUUUUAAUAUGAUGCCUUUCUUUCUGCCAUGACAGACUAAUGGUCAGUCCAGUAAGUUUGCCAUAGACCGACACAGUGGUGUGCUGAGGAUCAAGCCCGGGGAGAUGCUGGACUAUGAGAGGUCGACGACACACUUCAUCACAGUAGUGGCCAAG